UCUUGAGAAAUGAAUGGAAUUUAUGAGGCUGUGGAAGUUUCAGAGAGCUAGUGCGGUGCUAAGCUAAUUGCCUAAUACCUUCUCAGGUUGGCCUGGCAGAAACACAUCAUCAUCCUCUACAUGCUUGCACUGGUAAACCAAUCUUUUUCCUUCUUAGUUCCUCUUUCUCUAUUUACUCCCACCGCUGUUGCUUCACCAAUCUACUUGGAAAUUUGAGUUCUUAUCUGUACUGUUGGGUUUUCUGGGACUUCCUCUUUUCAAUGUUCUGGUAUUUGGUUAUGGGUUAAAACUGCUGAGAUGAAAUUUUGAGCGCGGCUACUUGGCAGGAACUACUCAUUACGUUGAGCAUGGAAAAGCUGAGAAGUUGAUCUUGAUACUGGGUUUUCUUUGAUUUUUUUUUUUUUUGGACGCUGGAAUGAAAUUUUGAGCUAUAAUUCUUGUGUUAAGACUUAAGAGAGAAAGAGUGUUACUCAAGUUGGAAAAUUCUUCCAUGUGUCUCUAUGUCCUAGCCUUCAUCAUGCUCAUGCAAAUCUAAGAGAAUAAACAUGGAGGGUUCUUCUGGGUCUGUUUGGCAGAAAUCUAACGCCUUUCAGGUAUUAAAUACUUCUGGAGUUUCAGACAGGAACACAAGGCCUAUUUGUCCAGACAGAAGCCCUUAUUCUGGUGAGACAUCAAAUAAUUCUUCGGGCUUCAAGAAGGACAAGGAUAGAAUUGUGUUGGCUCUUAAAAAUCAGGCUAGUUUCUCCGGGGUUCAAGAGAGUGAGGUAGCGGUUGGCCCUUAUAUUCAUUCUGCAAAAUGGGCUGAUAUUAGCUUGAGGCAGUGGUUAGAUAAACCUGAACGCUCGGUGGAUGUAUUUGAAUGCUUGCACAUAUUUAGGCAAAUAGUAGAAAUUGUUAAUACAGCACAUUGUCAAGGAAUUGUUGUUCAUAAUGUGAGACCUUCCUGCUUUGUAAUGUCACCUUUCAAUAACAUCUCCUUCAUUGAGUCUGCAUCUUGUUCAGAUUCUGGUUCAGUUUCUUUAGAAAAUGGAUUAAACAGCCUUGGUGCUCAGAUUAAAACCCCUGCAUUUCUCAGUUCCCUUGAAAUCCAUCCCCAGAGAAUAUUGAGAAGUGAAGUAAUGGAAUGUGUCAGGACUUCAACAACUGUCAUGUCGAAUUCUAGUUACAUGCUGUCCAAUGCAGCAUAUGCAGCUCGUGCAUCUUUAAUAGAAGAUACUGAAGAAAAUAAAGUCAGAAACAGGAUCAAAACUGAAGAAAUAGAAGGAAAGAAGCAGACAUUUCCGCUGAAACAGGCAUUGCUAAUGGAGACAAGUUGGUAUACUAGUCCUGAAGAGGUAGCUGGUUCUUCAAGUUCAUGUGCUUCGGACAUUUACCGGUUGGGGGUUCUCCUGUUUGAGCUAUUCUGCCCAUUCAGCUCCAAAGAAGAAAAGAGCAGAACAAUGUCUAGCCUUAUACAUAGAGUUCUUCCUCCGCAAUUACUUUUGGAGUGGCCCAAAGAAGCUACAUUCUGCUUAUGGCUACUUCACCCUGAACCUAGUAGUCGUCCAACACUCGGAGAGUUGUUGCAGAGUGGGUUCCUUAUCGAACAGAGAGGUGAUAUGGAAGAACGUGAAGCAGCAAUAGAACUUAGAGAAAAAAUAGAGGAACAAGAGUUGUUACUAGAAUUCCUUUUGUUAAUUCAGCAGAGAAAAAAGGGUGUGGCUGAUAAUUUGCAGCAAACUGUUUCUUUUCUGUGUUCAGAUAUUGAAGAAGCAGCCAAGCAGCAGCCAAUAUUUAAAGAAGUUGUUGGCUCUGAUUUAGGGAGUGAUGAUCAUUUAGCAUCAAGUUUUCCAUCCAUGAAAGUUGUCGAGAGUGGAGAUUCUGCUGACCAAGGGAACAUAAAGCACAACGUUCAAGAAUGCAAUAGUAGCAUUGGUGAUGACCAAAACAAUUGUGGCAAUGUUCUUUCAAAUAAUUCUCGGCUAAUGAAAAACUUUAAGAGGCUAGAGUCGGAAUACUUUUUAAUGCGAUGCAAAUCAUCAAAGAAACCGAAGGUUACUGAUGGUAGAGGCUCUUUUUUUAUGACUGAAAGAGGUUUUGUCAACAACUUGGCAUCAAAAGACCAAUGCAGAGAGGAUAGAAUUGCUUGGAAAAAUCCUUUCCUUGAUGGUUUGUGCAAAUACCUAUCUUUCAGUAAGCUAAAGGUUAAAGCUGACCUGAAGCAAGGGGAUCUGUUGCAGUCUUCAAACCUAGUAUGUGCACUCAGUUUUAGUCGUGAAGAGACAUUUUUCGCUACUGCUGGUGUAAGUAAAAAAAUUAAAGUUUUUGAUUAUGACUCGAUCAUAAAUGAGGAUCAUGAUAUCAGCUAUCCAGUAGUGGAGAUGGCUAGCAGGUCAAAGUUGAGCAGUGUAUGUUGGAACACUUACAUCAAAAGCCAAAUAGCUUCUAGUAACUUUGAAGGUGUUGUACAGUUAUGGGAUGUGACAAGAAGUAGACCACUGUCUGAAAUGGAUGAGCAUGAGAGGCGGGUAUGGUCCAUCGAUUUCUCAUCAGCAGACCCAACAAUGUUGGCAAGUGGGAGUGAUGAUGGUUCUGUUAAGCUAUGGAGUAUCAAUCAGGGAAUUAAUGUCGGUACCAUCAAAACAAUGGCUAAUGUCUGCAGUGUUCAGUUUUCCCCAGAUUCUGGUCGUUUCCUUGCAUUUGGUUCAGCAGAUCAUCGAAUAUAUUAUUAUGAUCUCAGGAACCUAAAAAUGCCUCUUUAUACAUUCCUUGGACAUGAUAAGACUGUGAGUUACAUCAAGUUUGUGGACAGUGUGAACCUUGUCUCUGCAUCCACAGAUAACACUUUGAAGCUUUGGGAUUUUUCUGCAUGCACAUCUCAAGCUAUAGACACGCCACUUCAAACAUUCACAGGUCACAUGAAUGUGAAGAACUUUGUGGGAUUGUCAGUAUCUGAUGGAUUCAUUGCCACUGGUUCGGAGACAAAUGAGGUGUUUAUAUACAACAAGGUUUUUCCCAUGCCAGCCUUGUCUUUCAAGUUUCAGAACACAGACCCAUUUUCUGGGCAAGAAGUGGAUGAUUCUGCACAGUUCAUCUCUUCUGUUUGUUGGCGCAGUCAGUCAAACACCUUAGUUGCUGCUAAUUCCACAGGGAAUAUCAAAAUUCUGGAGAUGGUUUAAGUUAGCUUUUACUCAGCAGUCUAGAAAGAUGUCAGAAACAAAAUCUGGUCUAUAAAAUAUAGGUAGAUAAAAUUAAUUGUGAAAAGUUAUGUAAAAUUAUCAAGCAUGCUUUUUAGUGAGAUAUAUUUUUGACAUGAUUGUAGUUUUUACUUAUCUUUAGCUUCUGCUGACAAGAAAUACUAGAGUUGUACAAAUUCCACGGUGAUUUAUUACAUGACUGCUUUUUUCCUUU